AUGUUCGCCUCAAUCAAGCUCGUUUCCCUCCUGGCCCUCGUCUCCUCCGCGGUUGCCCUUCCCGCCGAGCUUGACAAGCGCGCCGCUGCAAAGUGCGGCAGCGUCAGCUACACCGCCGCUGCAGUCAACGCCGCCUCCCAGAAGGCUUGCUCGUACUACCAGGCCGGUACUCAGGUCGGCUCCAACAGCUACCCCCACACCUUCAACAACAACGAGGGGUUCUCCUUCGCUGUCUCUGGUCCUUACCUUGAGUUCCCCAUCCUCUCCAGCGGUGCUCUUUACACUGGCGGAUCCCCCGGAGCUGACCGCGUUGUCAUCAACACUUCUUGCAAGCAGGCUGGCGCCAUUACCCACACUGGAGCUAGCGGAAACAACUUCGUCAAGUGCACCUAA